CGCGUUCUCCAACCCCGUUUUACCAAGACAUGAAUUUUCCGACGAUCGCCAUACCCGAUUCUUGCCGAUAAUUUCCACUUUCUGAUCUUCACCAGCAUAGGGCAGACAUGGAGGGCAACAUGGACGUACUACCCUUCAGCCUGUCAUGUGACCGCUGUGACUUCCGCACCAAGAGCAUGUCUGCCAUGAGAGACCAUGCUCAGACGCACUCGGCUGAACACCAAGACCAGCAUCCAAUAGAAGAGAUAGGUAUUAGCAACCAUGCUCCAAGUGAUGACCAUGCCCUUCAAGCACUAGUUGACUCCGCCCUAAACGAUGCCUCUCGACUCCUUCUCUCCUCACCCGACAACUCCAACCACCACCAUCUUCAAGAUCCCGGCACCACUUCAAACCAGAGCCCUGUAGAAGAGGUCGGAAGGACAGAUGGUGAUGGUCAUCCCUCUGGAGUUGAACACCAGGACAGGAAAAAGGAGCGGAUGGUGACGCCAAGGGCUAGUGCUUUGGCUGCUGAGGACCUCCUCGGGAUAUACGCUGCUGGAAUUGACUUCAGUGUCGUCGGAGGAGGGGUCGUCCACGAUGGUCAGUUUCGAGCUGGAUGCGGUCAAGAAGUACAGACCAUGAUGUCCGCAGCGAUAGCAGAAAGCGCAGAUGGUGGCAUCAGGAGUGGGAUAGGCAUUCCCAGUCAUGAUGAAGCUACCUCUAGGUCUCAUCUGGGAGAUGAUGGCAGUGGAAGUAUGAAUAAUGGUGGAGAAACUGAACCUUAUUCUGUAGAUUCUUCUGGUAACUCCAGGGGAGUAGGUCAUGAUAGUAACACGAGAGUUGAUCCUAAUCAAAGGAAAGAAAACAGUGAGAUUAGUUGUGGCAUUCAUCCAAUCACAUCAGAACAAGCUAGGACAGAUUCACCUCAAUCUAGAAGUUCUGGAAGUGCAAGCUGUUCACAGAAUUUGGGACGGACACAAAUGUUGAGGGGUAAGAAAGCCACCAGACCAAGUUUUAAGUUUGUCAUCCAUCGUUCAGCGUUCAGUAAAACUCCCUCAGCAGAUGACGAGACACCAUCAUCUUCAUCAAAACAUAGACCCUCUCACAGUCACAGUAAGGUUGUUGCUAGACAAGCCAAAGAUCAUAACUCCUCAGCAUCUGACAAUGCCUCGGCAACUAUGGACAAGGGUAGCGGAGGAACAACAGCAUCAAGAACUCGUGGACAGAGAUCAAAGCCUGUGCUUGAGGAUGGAGGAACCGCUGCUCGGGAUGCAAGCUCUGGGAGGCGUAGAGGACGAAAGCCGGUCUGUCCGACGAAACUGAUCGUAGAACAGGAGAGGACGCUCCCACCCUCUAAACGUCAUGGACAAAAAGGUUUUAGACCCGGUGCGAGGCCUGGGAAGGGUGAUGGGAAGAAGAUGAGGUACAGAUGCCCAGAGUGUCUCUUCUCAUGUAUGCUCAAGAAAGAUUUGACAGCUCACACCAAACUGGCCCACACCAAGAGCGGGAGGAAGGAUGCAAGGGUUGGGAAAGUGCACUUUGAAAUUAACAAAUCAAAAAUCUCCCAGAGUAAACAGGGCUCCAAAAGAACUUCAAGAGGAAAUGUUUUGGAUUCCUGUGAUACAGAACAAGAGGAUAGCCAACACAAACCAAGGAAACUCUUGAAAAGAGUAAAUGACAAUAAGAAAAGUACUUCUAGAUGUAAUAAAAGACCCACCAGGGAUAAAAAGCCUGCAGAGGAUGAAUCGGAAGAACUACAAGAAAAUGAUGAUGAAGAGAAUGUUGAUGAUGAUUGGGAACCUGAUGCAGGAGAUGUGAGCUCUAGUGAAGGGGAAGUGAUUGAUAGCGGAAGGGAGGAGGAUAGUGAUGAUGAUGAUGUGUGCAGUAUCUGUCACAAGUUUACUGCAGACUGUCCCGCAGACAUGGAGCGCCACCGAGCAGAGGAGCAUAGGGAUAGCUUGCAGAGCUCAAAGCAAUUCCAAUGUAACUAUUGCAGCUACUCUUGCCAGGGUCGGAAGACUCUUGCCGCCCACAUCCACGGCUUGCAUGGUGACACGGUACAACUCCUCACACAGAAAGCCACAGAGCCCAAAGCCAAAUCAGUGAAGAAGGAAGUUGACACCAGCCGUGUCUAUCGCUGUAGCAUCUGUAACUUCAGCUGCCAUUCGAGCCAUCUCCUGAACAGCCACAUGAAGAGCACCCACCACUUUGAAAAGAUGUCUGGUGAGUUCACCUGUGGCGUGUGUGGGAAGGUCGUCGUUGGACGCUACUCUCACUUCCGCCGCCACCUCCGAUGCCAUUCGGAGGAGCGUCCCUAUAAGUGCGAUCAGUGUCCUCUGGCCUUCCGCGACGCGAACAGCCUGAACUGCCACUUGCCCAUCCACAAGGAAGACCGUGACUACCUCUGCGAAGACUGCGGUAUGGCCUUCAAGCGUCCGAUCAACUUGCGGAUGCACCGCAAGGUCCACAGCGACAAGAUGUUCCCCUGCGAUGCCUGCGACUACAAGUGUCGCCGUCGCAACACUCUCCUGAACCACAAGAAGCGGAAGCACCUGAAGCAGAAGACUGUCCUCUGUCAGCACUGCGGCCAUUGCUUCUUCUCCAAGACGGAGUGUAAGAACCAUGUGAUGAAGAAGCACACCCAGCGGCCGACUCCUUUCGCUUGUCCGAUCUGUCCUGCAGUGUUCAUGUUCCAGUACCGCUUCAAGGCACACUUGAAGACACACCCUGAGAUCAAACCUUACAGGUGUCACGUCUGUGGCUUUGAGACCAGACUAAACACCUACCUCAUGGAUCAUAUGAGACAACAUACAGGAGAAAAACCAAAGAAAUGCAAUCUGUGCGACUAUGAGACUUCCACCAACAGCAACCUCUACAAACAUAGAAAGCGCCACCAUGGUCCAGGCAUCCCACGGCUCAGCUCCCGGACCCGCAGGCCCCGCCCAAACAGGGCCCAGAACAAGGCGGAGGAGAACCCCAUGGGGAUGAGCGACGAGCAGAAGCAGCGAGCGGAGAAGAGCGUGGUGGAGGACAUCGUGAAUGCAGUGGAGUUUGGCCAGAUGGCAUCCCAGGUGAACCUUGCAGCAGGGGGCCAGGCGGCAGCGGCCAUGUUCAAUAUGGCAGCCAUGUGCAGUACUCAAGAAUUUAAGCAGGAGCAACUGAUGCAAGUUCCUCCUUCUGAUGUGCACCAAGGUCAUCCAAUCCUCCCCGAGGAGGUCAACAUCAUCAGCUCCGUCUCGGACACUGGCCACGAUGCAGAACGCCUCUCCAUUUCCAUCCUCGAUAAGACGACAUCCUCCGUGGCAGCCAUGAUGGAAGCCCUGGCCGACGCCCGUAACAUGCGCCCCCCUCAGGCCCACCAGCCCAACCACCAAGCCCUCAUCUCGCACCCCAGCCCGUACUCCAUCCACCUGGCCACGGCGCCCACGCCCCAACCAAGCACCCCUCCCACCACCAGCUCCGCCCCACUCUUCCAGCGAUCCGUCGCAGCAAUGGCAGCCAACAUGACCAUGCAUUAUGUGCAUCCGAACAUCGGUGCAAUCGGGGGAGGGGGGAGUUACCACCACCUGUCCGCCUUGGCAGGGGAGGCGGCCAGUCGAUCGCCCAUUACGUCUCACGGUCAGCCGACGCCCCAUAAUGUCACCAUCCCACCUCCUCUGAUCGGUGUCGGGCAGGGUCAAGCCACGCCUCAACCCCUCACCCACUUCCCAAACAUGAUGCACUAUUAAACUAUUCCCUGCCGGAACUAUGUGGCUCCCGUACUAAAGCAUAUGACUAUGAGACAAUGCGGUAUUCCAUGAGUUAAAGAACCUGAUAAUAACAAAUCGGUUGCAUAAUUUACCCAGAGUAGCUUCAUCAGUAUUAACACAUCAUUGCUCUUUCUGAGGGUCUUGUAAUUAUUAUUAAACCAACAAUUGCUUGGUACCCAUUCAAUACACCAGGGCCCCAUUUCACAAAACUUGUCAUCAGUGACAAAUGACAGUUUCUGUUAUAAGCUACUGA